ACGGUUACACACAUCCUCACACACAUAAGGUUGAAUCUUCAAGUUCAAGCAUCUCACUAUCUUGUUUCUACUCUACUCUAAGUUGGUCAUCACGCAAUCGCGGGCUUUAUUUGUCUUUGAUUGGUAAUUGGAGUAAUUGCUUUGCUGAUCAGGUUGCAUUUUUCAAAACUACGGAACGGUUGGAAUAGAAGAACCCACGGGAUUUCGAGUACUUAGCGGGCGUUCAUUGUUUAGAAGUCUUAGCUUUUUGCUUCCGCUGUGCAAUGAAGAUACCGGUCCAGUCACGCCAGCUCUGAUAUUUCGGGGUGUGACAUCGCCGCCGCCACUUUUAUACGCCGGAAGAUCAAAGAUUCAUGGGGGUGUGGGGUGUGUUGUCGGAGGGAGAUGGGUGGCGCCCGUCGGAGAUGUAGCUCCGGUCGCCGGAGCUCAGUAGAGGGGGGAACAGAGGGUUUGAGUUCUAUAAGUUACAGGUAUGGGUGCUAAUGAGAGAGUGAGGGAGAGAGGUAGUGGUGUGUUAGGUUGAAGACACGUUUUGAGAUUUUUUUUUGGGGAGCGAAGAAGAUAGAGUGCGGCUGAACACAAUUAAGUAACUUUUAGGGUUUGACUUAUUUAAGUACCAAGUUUCACUUAAUGGGCUUGGGCCCAAGGCCCACAAGUCCAAACCCGUGUUUUUAAGUGGCCCGCCAGCUUCUACAAACCCAUUUACGAAUCUCGAACUCCACGUAGCGUCGUAAGCUAAAAUUUUAAAUUUAAAAAGGCGUAAGAUAGCGUCAGUAGACGUUGUUUGUCAAUUGCGUUAAAACACUGCGGUUGCCGUUCCUAGUCUGUUUUUUUUUUCGAUUCGAUUCCGACCGUGAUUCCAAAAAUAGGAAAGCGAACACGUAUUUUCUAAAAACAUAGCAACACGGAAAUACGAGGCGUUACAUCUACCACCACCACUCCCACAGUGCCACCACUCAUUUUCGAUGACCUAUGUUGUCGAGGCUUCUCGUUAUUUUGUUCUAAUGACCGAUUGAAGGCGUCUUCUACAGGACCUCUUGAUGACUGUCGUAAGGUAAACCAAAAACCUAUUUAAACUACGUAGAUAGCGUAAGUAGGGUAUCGUAUCCACGGAGAAUUUGUGGUCAGUGUUAAAGAAUUUAAUUAAAAACUAAACUAUCUAAUUGUGGGUUUGUUUGAUUUAAAAGAAAACAAAAUUUGUCACGAAAAGUGUUAUCAGAAUGAGAAGAAGUAACCUCCACCCGGAAUCCUGAAUACCCGUUUUAAUACAAAAAUCCGUUUACUGAUUCAAAACACCACAUAGACAUGACCUUUGAAUUAAUGACUUUGAUUAAUUGUUAAGGAUAGUUUUAAGAUUCACCAUUCAACCUAACAACGCAAGAAAGUUGCCAAUACGCUUAAUAAACGAUAACUAAUUCAAACACAAUCAACGUUACCAAGAAAUCAACACAAGUAGUCAAGAUAUACCCGUUUACAAGAAUCAGAAAUAAGAUAAUUAUGUCAAACAGAGCAAACGUUCAUCCGGGCGGAAGUCACUGAUUAUUUAGCCGCUCAUGCUUGUUUAUCUAGCUUCAAUCUUGAUUCGGGAAUGAUUAAACAUGAGAAAACAGCCUUGAAUGAUGUUGAAUCAUGUUAUAAUUGUCUCCUGGUUUGUAUAUGACGGUUGCCAAUUGAUUGUUAUGAAAGUUGAUGACCUAAUAAUCUAUUUUCGUUGUUUAAAUAAGAAUUCCCGUCGUCACCCGGGCCGCGCGUUGCGGAACAAUCACCCCCACCCUCCGUGUGUCGCGGGGGUCACCUACUUGACCGACAUUGUUCAAUUUUGACCGACAUUCACUUCUUGAUCUCCAGCGCGUUGCGGACAUGGACCAGAAGACUGCCGCGUGUCGCCUGACGUGUUCAGGUUGAUUUUUUUCUAUCUCGCGUCCCGUUGACCUUCAGAUCCCGCUUUUAAGCUCGUUUUCUCUCAAUUACUCACAUUAACACUUGUUAAGUCAAAAUUACCAACACUAUAUAAUACACUUGGUUUGACCAGACAUCACCUCUGGUGGUUACUGAAGUCUGCAUUCACCACAUUCCCCCAAAUCUCCCAAAAUCACCACUAUUUUUCAUCACCUUCACGCGUACAAUCAUUCAUAUUAUGUAAAACAAUACAUUUAUCCAUCAAUCUCAAUGGCAAGAAACCCUGCAACUCGUCUUCUCCGCCUAUGUUCUUCACAAUAUAAACUCUCAAAGGUCAGAUUUUUCCCAUCUUCUAAUUGAUUUUCUUUACAUUCCACACAAACCCACCAAUCUUUUUGCUUUUUUCACCCUAAAAGAACCAAAUUUCCCCUUUAGGGUUAGAUUUUAGGGUUCCUAGUUUCAGUUAUUGUACACUAAAAUCUACAGUGUUAGAACAUGUUGAUGAUAAUAAUAAGAAGAAGGAUGAAAAUCAAGUAUCUACAUCACAUGUUGCAAAUGUUGAUCAUGUACAACUUUACCGUAGGCUUCGUGAUGGUCCGGUUGCAAGAAAAUUAGGGGUAGAGGUUGGUUGGAGAGAGAUGAAGAGGAGGGAUUCUAGGGUUAGGGUUGGGGAAUUAGGGAAGAUGGUGUUUAUUUGUUAAUGAACAUUUUAAAUAAAAACAUGGAAUGACCAGAAUACUCUUAAGUGGAUAGACAUAACUGAAAAUUUUAACUUGGUUAGUGCUAAAGGACGAAAGGUGUAAUGUGUUUUCCAAAUAAAGGAUUGUAACUGUAAUUAUUGAAGUUAAAAGCUAUUCAUUGCAACCCGCUACAAACAUAAAGGACGAAAAGUGUAAUUUACCCAAAUAUUAAACUCAACGAGAUUUCGAUUCAAAGUUUAAAACAGUUACAAACUUAUUUAUCUAUCUAUCUUUUCAAACAUUUUUUUUAAUAAGAAAGUACUAAAUUUAAGAAUAAAGUACAAUGGUAUACGGAUGGUCUAUGUGGUUUAUCAAGAUUUUGGAUUUACCCUUUAGUUUUCCAAAAGUACACAACUCGUCCUUGUGAUUUACUCUUUAUAACGUAUUUAGUCCCUAACUUUUUUCAAAAAUACACGGAUGGUCCAUGUGGUUUGCACUUUGUAACGUAUUUAGUCUCUAACUUAAACAUACUGUGCACUAAAUACGUUACAAAAUGCAAACCAGGGACUAUUCGUAUACUUUUAAAAACUAGAGGAGUCCAUCAAGAUCUUGUGUUAUUCAAGCAUUCGUAACCGUCUGGUCCAUUACGAUACAAACUCGUGUCACCUAACAACACUAGUAGUCAGAAUUGGACUCUAAUUCUAAUUCUAACAACAAUAAAAUAUUCACCUACAAAAAAACGGUUUCUCCAUCCAAUCCAGAUCCCAAAAAAAAAAAUCAUCCUCAUCUAACCUAAUUUCAUGGAGUCCGAAUCCACUGUUCAAUCAGACAACGAUCACGGAUGGCAGAAGGUCACAUACGCAAAGAAAAACAAGAAGAAGAACCACAACAACAACAAUCAGCAACAAUUACCGAACUCGCAUCUCAACGGAUCCACCAGUAACACCGAAAGUGUGUUCGCUGCGAUUGAGAAGCAAUCGGAAGAGCGUCGGAAGGUUCUGGAAGCUCAGAGACUAGCGAUCGAUGAUGAUUUUGAUUCUGAACCUCCGGUUAGAUCGUUGAAGAAGAAGAAGAAGAAGAAUUAUGAGGAUAGUGAUGAAGAGGUUGGUGAGGAUAAAGUGGAUGUAACGGAUGAUGUUGACGCGACGAAGAAGAAGAAACAGAAGAAGGUGAAGAAACCUAAGGUUACGGUUGCGGAAGCGGCUGCGAAGAUUGAUGCGGAUGAAUUGGCUGGUUUUCUGGUGGAUGUGAUGACUUCAUAUGAGGCGCAGGAAGAUAUACAAUUAAGGAGGUUUGCUGACUACUUUGGACGUGCAUUCUCUAGCGUGCCUGCUUCACAAUUUCCUUGGGUGAAGUUAUUUAGAGAAUCCCCUGUUGCAAAGAUUGCAGAUAAUCCUGUGUCACAUAUUUCUGAGGCUGUUUACAGAACAUCAGUUGAUUGGAUUAACAAAAGACCUGUGGAAGCGCUUACUUCUUUUAUCGUUUGGUCUUUAGACAGCAUUCUUAUCGACCUUACAAGCCAACUCGGUGGUCCAAAGGGUUCAAAAAAAGGCACCCAAAAGACAUCCUUAAAAUCUCCAGUGGGUCUGUUUGUAGUAUUAGCUAUGGUGUUACGAAAGAAACCUGACGCGUUAAUUACCGUAUUGCCAACUUUAAACGAAGCACUAAAGUAUCAAGGUCAAGACAAGCUUCCAUUGAUUGUGUGGAUGGUAACACAAGCAUCACAAGGGGACCUGGCGGUCGGGUUAUACUUGUGGUCUCAUUUGAUAUUGCCUAUAGUUGGGACCAAAUCGGGCUCCAAUCCGCAAACACGGGAUCUAAUAUUGCAAUCAGUGGAAAGGAUUCUGUCUGCCCCAAAGGCUCGGACUAUUUUAGUAAAUGGUGCUGUGCGAAAGGGUGAGCGUCUAUUGCCGCCAACCGCAUUUGACUUGCUUUUGAGAACCGCCUUCCCUUCAUCAUCAGCUCGUUUGAAGGCAACAGAAAGAUUCGAAACUGUGUAUCCUACGCUAAAAAAGGUGGCUCUUGCUGGUUCCCCUGGAAGCAAAGCCAUGAAACAAGUCUACCAACAAAUUAUGACUAUUUCUUUAAAAGCUUCCGGAGAAGGGAUCCCUGAGCUAGCCCAUGAAGCAUCUGAUAUUUUUAUCUGGUGCACAACUCAAAAUCCUGAUUGUUGCAAGCAAUGGGAUAUGGUAUAUUUGGAUAAUUUAGAAGCAAGCAUCGUUAUUUUGAAAAGGCUCAAUGAACAAUGGAAGGAACUAUCUCUAAAACAGUCUUUUCUUGAGGCCCUAACUGAAACUCUCAAGAGUUUAAAGAGAAAGAAUGAGAAGGCGAUGACAGAGGGAGAUAAAUCCGGUGAUCAAGCACUCUACAGGGAAGCGGAUAAACACUGUAAGGUGUUAUUGGGAAGGGUAUCACGCGGGUGGGGGUGCGCCAAAGCAACGGUGUUCCUCAUUGUUGCCUUUGGGGUGGGGGCUGCGUUUCUGACUCCAACGACCUUGGAGUCUUUGGAUUGGAACCGGUUAUCUGAAGUUAUAAACAUCCAGAAGUUCGUCUAAGAUGACGAAGACAGACUAAUAAUAUACACAGUAUCAGUUAAGCAGGCAAGGUCAAAAUUGCCCUUUAAUAUAAUAAAUAAAAUAAUAUAUAUAUAUAAAAGUGAGAGUGAGGUAUUUAUUAUUUAUCUUUUUCUUCCUAAAACUAAUUGUAGUUUAAACUAGUUGCGAAGCGAUCUUUGUGAUUUUUUCUUCUAAAGCCAUGAGUAUAGAUAGUUAUUUGAUUUUU